AUAAUAUAAGUACAGUAACCUUCAGGUUAUUCUGUGAGACGAUGAUUAUGAGUUUUUAAUAAAUCUCUUAACACUUGGACUUCGUUUAUUUCUCAAAGGGAAAAAAGAAAAUGUUUAAACACUUCGAAAGGACCGAUUUUGAGGGAUUUACCGCCGUAAUAGCCAGUCCUUCUGUCGGUAAUGUUGGUCAGUUGUCUUUGGAUCUUAUUAUUUCCAGCUUAAAAGCCGAGUACGUCGGAAUGAUAUGGCAUAAAGGAGUACUGCCGUUUGUCGGGGCGGAUCCGUACAACGAAUCAUCGCACAAACUCUGCUCGUCAAAUGACGUCUACCUCUGCAAGAAAAACAAGCUUUUGUUGAUGCAGCUUAGAUCGCCACUGCACAGAAGCCAGUUUGUCGAUUACUGCACGCAGAUCGUCGACUCUCUCAAAGCUUUCAAAGUUGAUCGGGUCGUCUUACUGUCAGGGAUGUAUGCGCAUCAGCGGGAUGACUCGGAGCUUCGUGUCGGCACUUUCAGAUACCUUAGUAACGUCAAGGGGGCGGAGAGUUUCAAUUUGGGCCGACUCGAGUGGACGAGGAUAAAAGGAAGCGAAAUGGGCCAAGACUACUCCUGCCCGAGGUUGCCCGGAGCCGGCUUUACAAGAACUUUUUACAACAUAUGUACACAAUCAGGAUUGCCGUGUGUGGCACUGCUUUAUUUCUGUUCUGAAGGGGAUAACAUUCAGGACAGCCUUACUCUCACAAUUCACACUGAUGAAUGCCUCAACGUUUUGCCCGAUAGAAAAAAUAUUGUUCAACCACCUUCUUGGAAAUAUCUUUUCGGCAAUUCAGUACCUCAAGAAAUAUAUUAAAAUGUCCCAUAAAAUAAGACUUGCUGUUUUAUAUUACUUUGUAUAAUAAAUAAGUUUACAAUGAUUGUUACACUUA